AUUUGUAAUUUUCUGCUGAUUAUGCUGCAGAAGGAUGAAAAGUUAAAAUCUGCUUUGUUUUCCUGAAAUGAUAUGUUCUGUUUAGCUAAUUCAACUUUUUCUGGUUGGGGAUUGGAGAGGUCUGCAUUGAACAAACCAAAGUAAAGUGUUUGAAAUAUGAAACCCAGGAUUUAUGUUGUUUGUACAUGGGAUAGAUUUGGUUAUAAACACUAGUUCAUCUGGGAACCGAGACCUGGUGUGAUCCUGAACCCAGAUUUUUAAUGAAAGGCUAAAGCUAAAAUUUAUGGACUUUUCAUUGGAAUCCCUUUUUGAACACCUUUGUGGUUGAGGAAAGAUAUAUUGGGAUUUUCACAAAUUAAGAAACUUAAUAGAAACUUUGUGGGUGCACGUAACUUUCUUUCUUUAUUGCUGGAAUAUUUACUAAAGAAUUUUUAGUGGUAUUCUUGGCGUUUAGUGUGCCUACUUAGUGGGUGGUGUGUGAUCCAAUGAAUGGGUAGUGGCAGUACUUUUAAGGAUUGUGUGAGGAGCACAGCCUUUGCUUUCUGGAAAACUGUUGUUGGUGGAUUUUCCAUUAAAGCUGAUAUUAGAACUAUAUGAUGAUAGAUGUUUGAUCAUGCCAUGAUGAUUAGGUGUAUCAGAGGCGCAGUAAGAGACUUUUGGAGAUAUGCCCUCUUGUGAGGAUAUUUUGGAUUUGUUGUCUGAAUUGGGAAUGGAGUUUAGUGGGAAGAACCAAUCAGGAAGCUGAUUUUUUAUAUUUAGCUAAAAGUGGAGCUUCCUCCCUUGAAAUUUCUACAGGUCCUUAAUCCUCUUGGCACUGCAGGUUUGGAUGUUUUAGGCAUUUUGGUUCUUUUUGGUUGUUUGUUUCUUCUUCUUCAUUUUUCUUUUUUACUUUGUUGUGUUUGCCUCUUAUAAGGAUUCAUCAUCCUUCCUUUUCUAGCAUUUCUUUUGCUCGUAAUAAAUUCUUGGUUUCUUACAGGAAACAUUUUCAAUUUUAGUCAAUCAGAGAUACAUUGAUGCAUUUGAAAUUGGGAUUUAUGGUUGUAACCCUUUUUCAAUUCUUUAAGCUUGAACUAUUUGUGGUAUAAUUAUGUUGCAUGCUGUGAGGAUUUCCAAGCACAAAGGGAAGCAAGGGCAGAAGUUGCUCACUUUUCCACCCUUAUUUUCUAUUCUGUGAUUAGUAUGUUGUUAUGUAAUAAGAAUUUUCAUUAUGGAUAUUCUUGAGAAAUUGUUGAUUGUCAUUUUCAUUUACUUCAUAUGUUACAAAUAAGCUUUUUUUUUUAAUUGCAUUUGAUGUUUGUUUUUAUUUUUGUUGUUCAAUAUGUGUAAACCAGAAAAGCUAACAUACUGGAGUUUCUGGAAUGAUUUGAGGUUAUUUCUUAAUUCAAUUUUAGCAAGUGCCCAUUUCAUUCACUUUUCAGGUACAUUUGUAAAAAAGAAAGAAAAAGAAAAAGAAAAAGAAAAGAAAAGAAUCUCUUUGGAAUAUUAUUGUUCUCUCAAUGGGAAUAGAUCUUGAACAGCCAUCAGGAGAACAUCAAAAGAUAGACAAUAGACCAAAUGUGAAUAUUAAUAUGGUGGAUGCUGGAGAAGAAGUGCAAGGUAGAAAUGAAGUAACCAUGAAUCCUCCUAAGGGAAACAAUAAAGAAAAUACAGGCCCAAAUGUGAGUCGAAGGGUAUUGGAUGGUAGACAGAAAGCACAUGCUGGAGAUGGAGUGGAUGCGAAUUUUUCUAAAAAUUUAGAACCCCAUGAUGGCAUGGAAUUUGAUUCGAAGGAGGAAGCUUUUUCAUUCUAUAAAGAAUAUGCCAAGUCUGUGGGAUUUGCCACCAUAAUAAAAGCCAGCCGUCGAUCAAGAAUAUCUGGGAAAUUCAUUGAUGCAAAAUUUGUAUGUACUAGAUAUGGAAAUAAGCGAGAAUCUAGUACAGCUGAAACAACACAACCCAUUUCAAGUACAGAUGGUACCACAAGUAUUCCGGUCAAGAGAAAACGAGGUAGAAUUAAUCGGUCUUGGUCAAAAACAGAUUGCAAGGCUUGUAUGCAUGUUAAGAGAAGGCAAGAUGGAAGAUGGAUUAUACGCAGUUUCAUAAAGGAGCAUAACCAUGAAAUUUUUCCAGACCAAGCCUAUUAUUUUCGAGGUCAUAGGAAUAUAAAUCUAGGCAAUACUAAUGUCGAUGCCUUGCAUGCUAUCCGGGCUAGGACAAAAAAGAUGUAUGUAACAAUGUCCAGACAGGCUGGUGGGUAUAAGAAAGUUGAGAAUCAAAAGGGCAGCACCAUAAAUCAAUUUGAUAGUGGACAGCAUUUGGCUUUAGAGGAGGGAGAUGCACAAGUAAUGCUCGACCAUUUCAUGUAUAUGCAAGAUGAGAAUCCUAACUUUUUCUAUGCAAUAGAUUUGAAUGAAGAUCAACGUUUGAGAAAUGUUUUUUGGGUUGAUGCCAGAGGUAGGCUUGAUUAUGGAAAUUUCAGUGAUGUAGUUUUCUUCGAUACUACAUAUAUCAAGAACGAAUAUAAAUUGCCUUUUGCACCUUUUAUCGGGGUGAACCAUCACUUUCAGUUCGUGUUGCUUGGAUGUGCUUUAAUUGCAGAUGAGACUAAAUCAACACUUGUUUGGUUGAUGCAGUCAUGGCUUCGAGCAAUGGGUGGACAGGCUCCAAGAGUGAUACUUACUGACCAAGACAAAGCCUUGAAAGAAGCUAUUGCAGAGGUCUUUCCAGAUUCUCGUCACUGUUUUUGCUUGUGGCAUAUAUUAAGCAAGAUUCCUGAAAAGCUCAGUUGUGUGGUGAGGCAACAUGAAACUUUUAUGAGCAAAUUUAACAAGUGUGUUUUUAAGUCUUGGACAGAUGAGCAGUUUGAAAAGAGAUGGCGGAAAAUGGUUGACAGAUUUGACCUAAGAAAUGACAUAUGGUUUCAAUCAUUGUAUGAAGAUCGUGAGCAAUGGGUGCCUACAUUCAUGCAAGACUUGUUUUUGGCUGGAAUGUCUACAACUCAACGGUCGGAAAGUGUAAACUGUUUCUUCGACAAGUACGUACAAAGAAAAACUACAUUGAAGGAGUUUGUGGAAAACUACAAAACAAUUCUACAGGAGAAGUAUGAAGAGGAAGCAAAAGCAGAUUUUGAGACUUGGCAUAAACAACCAGGAUUGAAAUCUCCUUCACCAUUCGGGAAACAAAUGGCAACAUUGUACACACAUGCAAUAUUCAAGAAAUUCCAAGUUGAGGUUUUGGGAGUAGUUGCUUGUCAUCCCAAAAAAGAAAGUGAAGAUGGAGCAACCAUUACAUUUAGGGUUCAAGAUUUUGAAGAGAAUCAAGAUUUCAUUGUGUUGUGGAAUGAAACAAAGUUAGAUAUUUCUUGUUUAUGCCGUUCAUUUGAAUACAAUGGUUUUCUUUGUAGACAUGUGAUGAUUGUUCUACAAAUGUCUGGGGUGCAUAACAUCCCAUCUCACUAUAUAUUGAAACGUUGGACGAAGGAUGCAAAGAGUAGACAAACCACAAGACAAGGGUCAGAUGCGGUUGAGUCUAGGGUGCAACGAUACAAUGAUCUAUGCCGACGGGCUUUUAAAUUGGGUGAUGAAGGGUCUUUAUCUCAAGAGACUUACAAAAUUGCAUUCAAUGCACUGGAAGAAGCCUUGAGAAAGUGUGAGAGUAUAAAUAACUCAAUUCAGAGUGCAGUGGAGCCCAACUCACUGAUCACUCAUGGUUUUCAUGACUUUGAAGAGGUGAACCAAGGUAAUGGUUCAGCCAAAGCUAACAAAAAGAACAGUAUGUCCAAAAAAAGAAAGGUAAAUCCAGAGCAAGAGAUAAUAACCAUUGGCAUGCAGGACAGCUGGCAGCAAAUGGGACACUCAAAUUUACGAGCACCAACCCUUGAUUGUUCUUAUGAAACACAAGAGGGCAUGCAAGGGAUGGAACAACUAAACUCAAGAGCUUCAACUCUUGAUGGCUAUUUUGGCACUCAACAAAUUAUGCAAGGAAUGGGACAAUUAAACUCAAUGGCUGCAACACGUGAUGAUUAUUAUAGCCAACAGAGCAUGCAGGGACUGGGACAAUUGAACUCAAUUGCACCUAUGCAUGAUGCUCACUACGUUUCUCAACAAAGGCUGCAUGGGCUGGGGCAGUUACAUUUCAGACCACAAACUAUACAGAGUUGUUUUGACAUCCAGGACAGUUUGCAAGACAUGGACCAGUCCAAUAUGGGACCUGUGCAGAUGCAUGGCAUGGCAUCAAAACAUUUGCAUGCGAAACACCCAACUCGUUAGCUGCUGAUCUAGCACUGAUCUUAUGGAGGUGGUGAACACAGGACUGAGCAUCUGGUGUACAAAGUAAAACCAAUUCAGAAGCAUGAAUUCUUCUGGUGCAGGCAGGAGUGGGCCUUAUACUGCAAGAUGCAUCAUCUCAGUGUCAAAGAUGGACUGCUACAGUCAAUCUAUUCUGGGGUUGGUGUGCAGCGGAAACAUGAACAGCAGUACAGACACUGAUAAGGGUUUCUUUUGUUCCGACAAUAGCUCAUCUGUUCUGUAAAUGAUGUAUUUUCGGGUUUGCAGUUACCUUUGGUGCAAGCCCAUGCUUACUCCGUUGAAAUUAGUUCUUGCCUUCCUUCUGCAGAUUGUAGUUAAGUUACUAGCUUUAGAGAUUUUGUCAAUGUUGUUAUGGUUGUGGAUAUGGGGUCUGGGUAGGUUUUGUUAAAACUCUGGCUAUGAUUCAUAGCAAUGCAGUUGGUUUUGUUCCCAUUUUUCUGGGCAUUAUGACUUAGAAGCCACAUAGAAAUUGAAUCGGAGUCAGUUGCAAUUUCCUA